CUUUCAGACUUAUAACCUUUUAGAAAAGCGCUUGACAGUUGCGGAUUAUAACAAUGAAUUCGGAAAGGACAGCACAAUGCUCUAUAUUUCCAUAUUUCUGCUCCUCAAUAUUGGUUGCAUAUCCCAGAGCUAUAUCAUCCGGCCGCGCGAGAAGGUUUACAGCAAACGCAACCUCGAUAUCUAUCCAGAUCUGGCGCGGCUGGACGAGGAAGGCGUCAAGAAAGAAGGCGGUGGAGAGGGACAAGGCUGUGAGGACAACAGAAGCCACAGUUGCAACAAUCCGCUAAGCAAUACCGAUCCCAAAGCCAAAGCCUCAAACAUUGCACAGAAAGCGGCGCAGGAGGCGAAGGCGGCGAAUGACGCACAAAUGGCAGCUGCGGAUGCUGCUGCGUCGCAGGUGAAAGUGGAGCUCGCCGAGAAGGCGCUCCAAUCAGCACGUGCGGCCGAGGCAGCUCUGGCUGGCAAGCAGCAGAUCGUUGAGCAGCUGGAGAUGGAGCACCACGAGGCGGAGGCUGUCGUCCAGGAGGUGAACAACUCGCUGCACAAUACCCAGACGAAUGCAGCUGCCGCCAGCGACGCCGCCGGCGAGGCGCGCAACCAACUGGCCGCCCUCAAGCGGCUGGUGCAGGCGGCCACCACGAAUCUGGCCAACAUUGAGAACGUCUCGAUGGGUGCGCAACAGGAGCUGGCCGAGAAGACGCAGCUGCUGGAAGCGGCCAAGAAUCGCGUCGUCAACCUGGGCAACCAGCUGCUGGCGGCCAGACAGGACUUCGACAAGACCAAGAAGGCCGCCUACAAAGCAGCCUGCGCCGCAGUCGAGGCCAAGCAGAAGGCCCAAAGGAGUCGACGCAUGAGCCCCUACUGA